CGCGAGGUUCCGAAAUUGGGCUGCGAAAAUUUGUUAGUCACAAGCGUCCUGUUGAACCAAGCACUGGUUCGCCUCGACCAACAGCUUGUUCGAGAUUCCCUUUUCUACCCAUAAUGACAGAUUACCUUGAGGAGCAGCGAAACGAACUGGAAGCACUUGAAUCGAUCUAUCCCGAGGAAUUCGAAGAUCUUGGUGAAGAAGGAUUCAAGAUUCUUGUCCAUCCCGAUGAUCAGGACGAGGCCGCUCCAGUUGUAUUGACGUUGAACGUGAAAUACACUCCUCAAUAUCCGGACGAAUUGCCCGAGACUGAAGUGGAAGUAGUGUCUGGAGAACUUACGGGGGCUCAAAAAGAAAGGCUGCAUCAAGCGGUUCAAACAGCUGGAGAGGAAUCAUUAGGCAUGGUCAUGGUAUUUGCUAUGGCGUCCGUGCUGAAAGAGGAGCUGAACAAUGUGUUGAACGAAUCGCAACGAACACAAGCCGCCAUGGAAGCCGAAAAACGACGAUUGGAAGAGGAACGAGAACAAGCGAAAUUCAAGGGCACAAAGCUAACCGUUGAACGCUUUAUGGAAUGGAAGGCCAAAUUUGAUAAAGAGAUGGAAACCCAAGAAGAAGAGGAGAGAAAAGCCCGUCUGCGAGAAUUAAAGAACAGACCCACAGGGCGUCAACUGUUUGAACAGGACAAGUCACUUGCAAUGUCCGAUUCACGGUACAUGGACGAGGGCGACGUAUCGGUGGAUGCCUCACAGUUUGACAGGGAAGAUAGACAAGAUACCGAUAAUGAAGAAGAGGACGAUAAGGAUGCCGUAUGGCGACGUUUUGGAAGUGAAGACUAGCACAAUAAACAUUAUUUUUGGAAGACUUGAAGAAAUCCCCCAAUGGAGAAGAGGAAAUAGCCAAUUGUGUCAACAAAUGUGUUACGUGGUUUAUUGUACGAUUUAUUGCGGAAGCACUUGGAAAUAAUUAAAUAUAUGCAAUUUUCAUAUCGU